AUGAUGUUAUUACUAUUGCUCAUUCUGGCUUUUGCUAUUGGUAACUACUCAAAUUUCGGUUUAAUUUUGAAAAGCAGAAAUCCGGCAUUUUUGCCUAUGCAUGCGGGACACUCUAAAUACAAGAAAGUUGGAAACAGAAGAAGAAACUUUAAGCGAUAUUAUACGAAUGAAAAGAUAGACGAGACAAGAUUUCGAAAUAGAGACAUUUUUCCAUUUGGCUUAUUUGAGAAUGAGCAAUCAUCUAAUGAAGACAACCCAAAUGAAUAUGAUGAAUUGAAUGAAGAAGACUAUGAUAACAUAUACGAUGAUCAGUUAAAUACAGACGAGUUAAGUUUUCAGCAAUCGGACAAUCAUCUAAGUAGCGAUCGUGAACUUGUCCGAUUUGAUGUUUUGAAUGAAGAAGGGAAAGAAAAGAAAGAAGGGGAACAUGUCAAUAGUGCAGAUGAGAAAAUUCCCGAUGAGAACAUUGAAGAUGAAUUAAAAGAUGAUGAAGAAGAAAAUUCAAAGGAAGAAGAGUCAAUGUGGAUGAAGUCAAAGAGCAAUGUUGCGGGAAAUCAUAGAUAUAAUGUAUACAAUGAUGAAAUAAUGAAAAAAGAUGAUUGUAAAAAAGAUUUGCAAAAAGCUGAUAAAAUUGAUAGAGAACAAAGCAAAUUACCACCAUAUAUAUACGAAGGAGGAAAGACAUAUGAAGGGAAAUCUAUGAAUUAUGAACCAGAAGUAUACGAUUUUCAUACGUAUAAUAAAUAUUUUGAUGAAUUAUGUAAAAAGGAAAAACCUACCAUAGAUUCAUACCAGUUGGAUAAAUCGCAGUUAGAUGAGUCAUAUUUUGAUGCUAAAAAAGGUGGACCCAAAACAUUUGGUUUUAAAUUUAAACAAAUUCAACCAGUAAAAUACCAUCAAGGUAGGGCAUAUACAUAUUUUUUUAUGCAUUCCCAUGAUGUGGAAUUAUCUCCAAUUUUUUUAAAUGCCUUUAGAAGAGUAGCUAUAAAACAUUUAAAAGGAGGUAGAGUUACAGCUUUAAGAAUACCAAAUAUGAAACAUGAGUUUUAUUGUAUAGUUGGAGUAAGAGAAAAUUUCUUUGAUUUAGCUCAAAAUUUAAGAUACAUAACUUUUAAAAAUGUACCAGAAGAUGCAGAUAUGGAUAAUUACAUAACUGGUAAAUUUAGAAUAAAGGGUCCUAUGAUAGUUGUAGCUGGACAUAUGCAAUUACCAAACGGUAUAGAAAUUAUUAACAAAAAUCAAUAUAUAUGUUCAGUUGCAGCUGGUAGCUAUUUAGAAAUGGAUGUAAAAAUUGAAAGUAUUGAAGAGUAUGUUAUGCCUGAAUAUGGAAGUCAAUCAAGAAAUAGAGAUAUUUGUAAAGAUAAUUUUAUUCAUUUUAGUAGUAGUUGUACACCUGUAGAAUAUUUUGGAUUUAUGGGACAAAGAAGAGGUAUUAAUUUAGAUACACUUGGUGAAAUUAACAUUGUCGAAAUGCAUACAGAUGGUUCUAUUACUCCCAAAAGUGCUCUCUUAAAAACUAUUGAUUAUAUAUCCGAAAAUUUUCAAUAUAUGGAAAAUGCACUAUAUAACAAUUGUCACACAUGUGAUGAUGGUACUGUUCAAGAAGAAUUUAGAAACCCUGAAUUUUAUAUGGACAAAGAUAGAUAUACUGAUGUGCCAUGGAAUAAAUAUAAAAGUACCGCAGAAGAAUUAGAGGAUGCAAAAAAAUGGCUAUAUAGGAAAGAUGUACAUAGGCAAUAUAACGUAGACCCAGAAAGUGUGCAAUCAAAACAGGAAAGAGAAAUGUUAUGGGAAAAAAAGAAAAAAUUUGAAAAAGAACUUGAAAAAAGACGAGAGCAAAUUAAAAAAGGACCAUCUGUAUCUGAGGGGGAGUAUAUACCAUCUGAAGAAAGACAUGACUGUUUGAUUGAUUGGCCCGUGGAUAAAUCUGAAAGAAACAUGGACCCUCCAAGGUGGGUCAUUGAAAGACCCUUGGAUAAGAAUCCUCACGUAGGUCAUGAGGAAAUUUACGACGAGGGUAUCUAA